UCAGCCGACAAUGUCUGAACACAGCAAGGCCGUGUCCGAGGACUCCUUCGAGUUCGUCGAGACUCCUCCAGCUCCCAGCCAUGAUCCGGCCACUCCCAAUUAUGGAGUUCGCACUACUUCGUACCCAGCCAUCAAGAACGCCCCUUUGCCUGCCGAUGGCGCGGGAGCCCGCUCGUUCUCCAAUCUCCUCCUUUUCUCUCUUCUCCUCGUCGUCCCAUGGUACUUGGCUCGGAAACUCGGAGGCGGGUUUUAUACCACCAUCUUCUUCUCCAUUUUGACGUUCUUCCCGAUCUUGAUAGCAUUUUGGAGCGUCGCUUCCAGCUACUCCCCGCGCCUAAAUGAGAAGGCACGGCUCCCGGGAAAACCAAUUGAAACUUAUCUCGACUUCCAUCGAGAUGAGGACAAAGAGAAGUACUGCGGACGGAACAAGAUCCCAAUGCACACCUUCCAUGAGAUGUAUUUCGAUGGCUUGGUGGACUUCAAGGGUGACGCCUUGGAAGCUCUAGAGUACCGCCAUGAUUGGUCCAGCUUCCGGUUCACUCUCGGCUUGUACUGGUAUUUCUUGACUGGCAUGAUCCCCGAAGUGAUCCUGCACUCUCGCUCUCAAGACGAAGAGCAAGUCCGUGACCAUUACGACCGUGGCGACGACUUUUACGGCUGGUUCCUCGGCCCGCGUAUGAUCUAUACCUCUGGAAUCAUUUCCGACAUCACCAAGGAAGAGACCCUCGAGCAGCUCCAGGACAACAAAUUGGGCAUCGUCUGCGAAAAAAUUGACCUCAAGGAGGGUGAGCGCAUGCUGGACAUCGGGUGCGGAUGGGGCACCCUCGCGAAGUACGCAUCAGUCUACUAUGGUGCAAAUGUCACUGGUGUUACUUUGGGCCGCAAUCAAACCGCAUGGGGGAAUUCGGGUCUCCGAAAGGCAGGCAUCGAAGACAGCCAGAGCAACAUCCUCUGCAUGGACUACCGCGACAUUCCCGUUCCCACUGGCGGCUUCAAGAAGAUCACCUGUCUUGAGAUGGCGGAGCACGUGGGUGUGCGAAAGCUCGGGUCGUUCUUCAGCCAAGUGAACAGCAUGCUCGACGACGACGGCGUGUUCUUCCUGCAAAUCGCCGGCCUCCGGAAAAGCUGGCAAUACGAGGACCUGAUCUGGGGCUUGUUCAUGAACAAGUACAUCUUCCCCGGCGCGGACGCGUCGACUCCGCUUGGCUUCGUCGUCGAUAAGCUGGAGGGUGCAGGCUUCGAGAUCAAGUCGAUCGAUACGGUCGGUGUCCACUACAGCGCCACCUUGUGGAGGUGGUACAGGAACUGGAUGGCCAACAAGGACAAGGUCGUUGCCAAAUACGGAAUUCGAUGGUUCAAGAUUUGGCAAUACUUCCUUGCGUACUCGACCAUCAUCUCUCGUCAAGGUUCCGCAACUUGCUAUCAGAUCACCUUGGUCAAGAACAUUAACUCUACGCAUCGUGUUGAGGGGAUCUCGACGCAGUUCGCACUGAAGGAAGCGUUGAAGCAAUCUAAGAACAAGUCCAAGACGACUUGAUUCAAGGGUGCGUCUCCAGAGUGAAGAUCACGGUGGCAGGAAUUGGUAUUCUGUAUGGUUUUACUAUUAUACAUAGUACGGCACGAUUGCAGAAUGAUAGAGGCCUGUGAAUAGGAAGAGAUUGAAAAGGUCGAGUCGAAGCCCACUUGGGAUUUGAAACGCUAGGCAGGAACUUGACGAGUUUGUGUGCGCUACAAAUGAAAAGUUAAGGGCAUUUUAUUUAAUUUUGGAAUUCAAAGUUCAGACAGAUGCAUGUCUCUAUUGUAUCCAAAUCAUCUCAUAGCAGGAAUAGAUA